UCACUGGAAACGGGUCUGACUUAUUGCUGGCAAAGUGAACCAAACUCUUGACACCAGUCAUCCAGGCAAUGAACAGCAUGAAUUAGGUGGUCCGGUACCCCAUACUCUCAGAGUACUCCCACAUGAUUUUUCGAAGAACUCUGUCGAAUACCUUAUCCAAGUCCAGAAAACACUGGUAGACUGGUUGGGCAAAUGGGGUUCUGGGUUUACUGCCACGACAGGCACCGACCACCUUGCAGCCUCCCAGCAAACCCUCACAAUGCAUUUCAGCCUGCCAGGUCUAACCGGGAUCCUUCCCGACCAUCGGAGCCAACUCACCACCAGGUGGUGAUCGGUUCACAGCUCCGCCCCCCUCUCUUAACGAGCGUCCAAAACAUUUGGGCAAGUCCGACGUCUUCACCAGAGUGUCCAGAACAUGUGGUUGCAAGUCCAACGAUUCGACAACAAAGUCAAUCAUCGAACUGCGGCGUCUUGAGUUUCCUUACUGAGACUGCUGACCCCCGACCCUGACCUGGAUAAGCGAAAGAAGAUGGAUGGUUUUUAUCAACAUAUUUGCGAGCAAUUUAAGUAUGAAUACAACAAUAUAGUACAUUGUAACAUCACCAAAAUAAUCCAAUUAAUGUAUUCCGUUUUAUUAGAGACAAUUGAACACAAUUUAGUCAAUACUGUAAAACUAUUAAUGGCUGUCAUUCAAAUCAGUUGGCUUUUCACCCCUCAGUCAUCAAUAAUAACAAUGAUCAACACUACAAAAAACAUUUGCGAACAAAGUGUGAGCUAAUACUGAUAUUGCCAUUGAUAUCGGCACUACCAACAUUUGGAAAGAUCCGCCCACUUGCUGAACGGACGGUGGUAACAAGCUAUGACGACGAUAAAAUGGCGUCACAAGGAAGUUAACACCAAGGACUCUGGUUAACGCCCUGCCUCUGUCUGGCGUCCUCGACCAUGCUCUCCGUUUCCUCAUCUGUCCCCGUGUAACAGGUGAGAUGGCGGCAGCAGUACAAAAUUCCCAUCUGUUGGUAUGAGCGCUUUGUUAUGAUUGGUGUCCAUUGGCGGUAAAGCCCUCCAUGUUUUCCUCAUCAAUUGUACAUUUUAUUAUAUGAUUGUCCACUAACGCCCCUUUCAAAAACUUGACGUUUUAAACGACGUCACUCGGCAGAGAGAACUAAUAAUUAGUGUGCAAUAACGCGUGUGACAAUAAAGCAGUCGAAGCCAAUGAUCUCAUGACGCGUCUGAGAUUGUCGUCCUUGUCUUUUGACAUCCAUUUGUUGUGAAACUUGGAAAAAAAUAUAUAUAACGCGCAUCAGAGAAAGUUGUGCGGCUGAUAACCAACAUGCUAAAAACAUUUUGCUCUAAAUUAGAGUUCAAUUAUUGCGCGGAACCAUCUCACUUUCCGAAAGUGUGGGGAUGAAAGCCGCCAUUGGUGAUCCUUUAACACCAGUUAAGUAGCAGAUAGUAGCGGUGCGAAAGCAUCGCUUUGCUGCUGUGUCAGGAUGAAGAAACUAUUCGGCGGGUUAAAGACCAAACGGUCACAUGAAGCGAAAGAAAUUGAAAAGCUGCACAAGGCUGCGUGGGAGGGCGACAUGUCCAAGCUGAAGGAAUUUGCCAAACCCAUCGACGUCAAUGAGGCUGACAAGCAGAACAGGACAGCACUUCACAUGGCUUCUGCCAGCGGAAAGAUUGAGGUGGUGAAAUUCCUUGUGGAAAACGGAGCCAAGCUCAAUUUAGUUGACAGUCAAAAUAAGUCUGCAUUAAUGAAGGCAGUCGAAGGUCAGCAUGAGAACAUUGUGGAAAUCCUUCUGGAAAACAAUGCCGAUCCCAACCUGAUGGAUGUGAAUGGCAACACGGCUUUACAUUUGGCAUCAAGCAUCCCAUCCAUCUCCAUUGUUCUUAUGCUUGUGAAGCACGACGCUGACAUCAAUGCCAAAAAUCAGGAGGGCCUUUCACCGCUGACUAUUGCAGCCCAAGAGGACAAUGUAGAUGUAGCUGACUUUCUGUUGAAGAAAGGUGCUGAUGUUAAUAUUUUGGACAAAAACAAAAGGUCACCACUAAUGGUCGCCGCCGGCCAGGGGCACUCCAGCAUGGUGCAAUUGCUCCUACAGUUCCAUGCAAAUACUACACUGAAGGAUAUCAAAGGACAAUCGGCUGAGUACUAUGCUCAGACAAAGUACCAUGAUAUUUGUGUCUCCCUGAUGGCCGAGCAUGGUACCCAACGCAGCCUGCCGGGCUCCCUGCCUCAUCCAAGUAAAAGGACCUCAAAAUCAGACACGUGUAAAGACGGUGGACAGAUAGAAGAUGGCAAGCAGAGAGAGAAUGAAAUGAACGAUUUGUUAAUGUUUUUGAACAAACUUGAAAAACACUCCGGAAAGCUAGAGUUGCAAGAGGACUUGGACUGGGAUAAAACCAGCAAUGCCAGUAAGAGAACACUGCCUGGAGGCUCUGUGGCUUCUCCUACAUCCGAGGAAACCCCAGUGUGCUCCAGUCCCUCUUUCGAGGAGAAAGACGAUGUGUUUCCAAAAGUGAUUCGAAAAAAUACCUCAGACGUGAAAUCAAUCAGCUCGCAUGUCCUUCUGGCGCCAUAUCCCCAACAUCGUUCAAAGAAGAUCCUUUCAGAAAGUGACAAAUCGGAUGACAUUUCAAUAGUGUCAUGCUCUGAGGUCAAAGGUGACAUACAGCAUCUUCGUAGGGGCCUGGUUAAAGCAGACUCCCCUAGACACUCGCCAAUGGCAAGUCUACCUAUCAGACAGAAGGUUACCAGAGAGGCUAAGAGUGUUUCAAUGAAAAAUACCAGUGCUUCCAGUGACAUGGGUGGAAGGGCGUCAGAGGGACAUAAACAUGACAAACAUCAUGAGAAGUUCACUUCAGCCAGCCGCAAAGAGAUGUCCAAUCAACCUGAAGUCUCUCAUUAUUCACAGAGAGUGGCCUCUGGUUCGACAAGCAAGGCACUGGUGGAAUCACAACCCUCACAUCAACGGACCUCCAACAUCAGACAUGAUGAGCCAGCUGGAGAGAAACCCUCACAGCUGAUGGCGAGUGGCAAGACCCGCUUAUCCAGAAGCCCUCAGCGGAACACCAGAUUGCUCCAUGUGAAUGACGACAGCACUAUAAGUGAUUUGUCGGAUGAUGAAGCGAGCAACAAGUGGAAAACGAAACCAAAGAAGAAAAAGCACACUGAUGAAAUUUCCGAAGAGCUUGAUGAGAUCACGUCAUCGUCUUCGUUGACUGUAGAUGAUUGUGACCUUCGCUUGCCAACCACCAAGGGUGUGUCCCUUAUGCCUCCAAUUCUGGACACUUUACCGCAAGACCCCGCAAGCAAGAUGGUUCUUGGGGAGAUUAUGAGCCACCAAAGUAAGCACCCCUUCCUGAAAGCAAAAGACCCUAAUGUCCGGAUGGAUUCGCUGAACAAACUGAAAAAUGAGAGGACUGAGUUAAAGAACCAACUCGAAGAGGUCAGAGAUGACAGAUGUGCCAUGGAGCAUAAAGAAAUGGAGUUACAAAGUGAAGUCUCGAACCUCAAAUUUCGGCUAAAACAGCAAGACGAAGAUACCACUUCUACCAUCAAGUUGUGCCAUGGCAACCAAGAGAAGCUUGAGGAGGAACUCCGACACACCCACUCUCAGUUGAAUCAGGAACGCUGCUCAACUGCACAGCUGCAGCAAAGGCUCAAGAGUCAGUCCUGCAAGCAUCAAACCAUGGAAGAGGACUACAGACGAAGCAGAAAUAAUGAGGAACAGCUGAGAUCAGAACUUGAGGUUAUACAGACACACAGCAACAUCAAAAAUAGAGAUCUUGCCAAUGAGAACGAGGCCCUCAGGGAACAGCUGGAAGAUCUUCGCCAAGAUCUCAAACUCUCCCAAGACAACCAGACCCAAAAUGUAAUGGAUUGGAACAAUACAGUUCAGGGGUUACGGUGUGAGAUAGCACUUGCAAACGCCCGCCUGGAGAGUGAGCUGAAAGAUCAUGACAUAUUGGUGGCCGAGACCCAGGCAAUCCGCGCCCGCCUAGUUGAGGCAGAGCGAGCUAAGUCAGAUAUUGAGAAAGCUAUGCUCCAAGAGAAGGAGGAACACCAACGAGAGAAAGAGAAACAUGCAGGUGAAAUGGCCAGUCAACGAGAAGCAACCAGCAAACAGGCCCAGAAGCUGGCCAAGUCCAAGGCACUCGCAAACACCCUAGAGAAUGAGGUACAUAGAGUUGAGCUCCUGAUCAACGAGAGAAACCAGCAGAUGAAUGCCUUGCAGCGUGAAAAUGACCAGAUAGGUGCACGUGUUAAAGAGCUGGAAGCCGCUCUCCAGGCAGAGAAAGAGCUGGUUAGCUGGGCCGGAGCUCGCCAGGAGGCGACUCAGGAGCUCCUAGCCCAAGCCCAGAAUGAAGGCAUUGUGCUACGGCAGAAGCUGGAGGAGGCCCAAAACAAAAGUAUUGCAAAGGAGAACGCAGUGGCAGAUGCCCAGAAGAAUUUCACAGAGACGUUGUCCAAGCUUCGCGCCGACUGCGAUGAGAGGAUACAACUUGUGCAGGAUAGGAAUCAGGAUCUCGCUGCUAAAGCUGGUGAGCUCCGAGAACACAUCCACCAAUUAGAGGAGGAGAAAAAUGAAAGAGAGGCUUAUCAGCGGCAGCAGCAGGCAGAGCUAUCCGAUUUGUUGAAGAAGCUGUCAAAGUGUGAAGCUUCUUUGGAGGUUCACAUGAGAUAUCGUUGUGAAUCUGAAGAAGAGAAAGCUCGGAUGCUUAAAGAAAUGGACAGGCUUAAAAGAAAGCUGGAGGAAAAAGAAUUGCAAAUCUUGCAAUCUGAGAAACAUGUAAGUGAGCUGAGGAGUCGUCUGGAGGAAAGAGAGAAAGAACUCGGCAUUGCUCUGCAGAAACAGAAGGAGGCGCUGUCCGCUGCAACCGCCUCUAACUGCACUGUCAGACAUUUGGAAGAGGCCGUGCAUAGACAACGAGUCAUACUGAAGUCAGCGAAGAGGAGACUGCGGGAGCAGCAAGCAAGUGAAGUUGACAGAGAAAAGGCCGGUGAGCUCCAGGCAGAGCUAAAGAGGCAAAUGUCCUUCCGCAGCCUGAUGGAGAGGAACAAGAAACACUUGGAGGAGGAAGUACAGAACCUGAGACGCAAAGUUGAAUCCUCCCAGAUGGAGCAGAGGCAGGUGGAGCAGUAUCGCCGUGAGAUUGAGGAGAAGGCCCGGCAGGAAGUCCAAAAGAAACUACAGGAAGUCAACCUCUUCCUGCAGUCCCAGGCAGCAACGCAGGAGGCACAGGACCAGAUCAAAGCCACCUCUGAGCUCAGCCUGCGUGCCAGGAUCCAAGAACUGGAGGGUGAACUGAAACGAUCUCGAAACAACCAACAUGAAACCAUUGCCCAGAGAGACGCCAUCCACAAAGAGUUAAAGCGCUACCGUCAGCUGUACAGAGAGGAGCAGUGGCUCAGGAAAUCCCUCACUGCCGAUCUAAAAAGAAGUAACAGUCGGCUCGCAGAAGCCAAUGCUAAGUUGCUCAGUGAGCACUGCAAGUCUCUCGUUGCCUCGGGACCCCCAGGGGCCAUGGGGCCACUGGCUUCAACUUCCAGUCAACUAGGGGCCCCAUACAGGGGCCACAGCUCCAGAAUCCUCAGCUCUGUGGCUGAAGGACAGGGCGGCAAUGUGGAGGACUACCUGGCCAAGAAAAAGCAGAGUAAAACCUCCUGUCCCCCACGCACCAAUCUCCUCGCUGAGCACAGAAAAGUGACCUGGAAGUAAUAGAUUGAAGCAAAUGGACUGAAUCAAACCAGGCCUCAGCAGAAAUUGACAUCUCUUUGGGCCGCAUGUCUCCAGUGGGCUGUGCCUCCAGCGUGGACCCUGUUAGCAGAGCAAAGCAGCAGUACUUGGAAGUCCUGAAGGAGAGCCAUGAGGUCUAAGAACCACUAGGGACAGUCCCAGCGCACUGGGUUUAGACGUGACAACUUCAGCAUCAGCCUGAGACGUAUCAGCUGACCUCACAGUGCUCGCUGACUGUUAGCUCUUUUAAUAUACGUAAAUAAAUAUAUAAGCAGCGUGGUCCUAGCCCACAAUUGCUGUUCUGACUUUGGUGCUAUACGUCAUUUUAAGAUACAGGCUCCACCAACAUCAGGACCAAAGCCAUUUUCUGUCAUGUUCCAUCAAGAAUGAAGAAGUUACUCUCCCUUUGAUGGAGAAAAGCGAAUUCAAUGCACAUUGCACUUAAGCACUCAGGAAGUGAUCACACUGAUUAGCCACACUCUCUCAGCCUAAUGAGAUCCUCUUCCUUUAAAUAAUGUGGCAAGAUAUUGGAAAUUGCCUUCAAUGUGAUGCAGUGCACAACCACAAUAUUGUUAAAUUAAUACCUCUUUCAAUCAUAACUGAGCAUUGUCAUGAAAGGGCUCAUUAGAUGGUAAAUCUACCUAAUGUGGCUAAUUGUGUGUGUUUGUGUGUUUAAUAUACUGUAUCUUGCAUCCUAAAGCAAAAGAUUCCAUUUUUGUAAACAAUAUACAGUACUCGUAUUUAUAUAUAAUCCUGGUUUGGGAUUUUUACGUUGUUAUUGGUGUGUUUGAAUUUGAUGUAUGUAUCAUUACUUGAUAUGUGCAGUCACACAUGAAAUGUUUUGUCUUGGUUUUAUAAUUUAUUUUUUUAAAUACAUAGUUUUUGAUAAGUUACUUUGGCUAGCUGUUUGAUACCUGAUCUCUGUUUGGGUAUUCUUUUUUGUAUUUGUAGUUAUAGAAUUAGAUUAUGUUUGUGAAUA